AUGCGAUCAAGCUGUCCCGCCCGACGUUGGAAUGGCUUCCGGCGUGUCUCCCAGUCACGCUUCUAUUCCAGCGUGCGGGAGCAACAGCCGCCCCCAUGGCGGCCCGCCACCGCUCUAGACGAAUGGGCUGAGCGUCAGGCCCGCCCGAUCAGUCUGCGUCAGCUGACUUUCUUCGGCCGCACCUUGACCGAGCCUCGCUUGAUCAGCUCGGCGAACUAUGUGCGGACUGAAUUACCGACGCGAUUGGCGCAUCGGUUACGAGAUAUCCAGCAACUGCCCUACGUGGUGGUGGCCAAUCCACACCUGUCCCUCGUCUACGAAUUAUACUACAAGGCAUUUGAGCGAUUUCGAGUGAUCCCCGAGAUCCAGUCGUUGGAUGAUAAUGAUCGAUUUUGUGACAUUUUACGAGACAUGUUGAGAGAGCAUUUGGUUGUCAUCCCCAAUUUGGCCAUGGGUGUCCUCGAGUGCCGCAACCUUGUCUCACCCAACGAGAUGGACAAGUUUAUGAAUACUCUGUUACGAGCGCGAAUCUCGCGGCGGGUCAUUGCGGAGCAACAUCUCGCUCUGACCGACACAUUCAACUCUCCCUGGCAUUUCCAAGACUCUCACGAUCGGACCGACUUGAACGCGGACUUUGUCGGAGAGGUGUUCUUGAAGUGCAAGGCGAAACAGGUGGUCGAGCGAUGUGGACGAGUCGCACAAGAUCUGAUGCGCCGAACCUCGAGUACUGCGCAGCUCCCCGAGAUCAUCGUGCAAGGUCACCUGGAUGCAACGUUUCCGUACAUUCUGAGCCACCUGGAGUAUAUUGUGGGAGAAUUGCUGCGCAACUCUGUGCAGGCUGUGGUUGAAAAAUACCACGACUCGCCGCAUCCCCCGCCACCCAUCGAAGUGCUGAUCUGUGAAACGCCACAGCACGUGAUCAUGCGCAUUUCGGACCAAGGCGGCGGGAUUCCCCAAGAGAUCCUGCCGUACCUGUGGUCCUUCAGCAAGGGUCCACGGACCCAGACUCGACUCGAGAAUCUGGGUCGGGUCCCCGCGAUGGCUGCCACCAUGCAGGAAUUGAAGGUACCGGAGCGGAAGGUCGAACGAGACAGCUGGCACGAGGGCUCUCUGGAUUCCCUGACCUCACGACCCCCCAAUCUUCGACUGGGCAUGGGACUGCCCAUGAGUCGGGUCUAUGCCGAGUACUGGGCCGGUAGCUUGGAGCUCCAUAGUCUGGAGGGAUACGGGGUGGAUGCUUUCCUCCAGAUUUGCAAAUUGGGAAACAAGAACGAGCAAGUAACGACCCGCGCCGCUAUGGAUGCCGUAUAA